GAGCGCGCCGGGGCAGCCGCGGUGGAGAGCGGGAGGCAGAAGCAGAGGCGCGCCGCUGCGGCACAUCUGGGGCGCAUCUGGCCGGCGCUGCUGCAUCCCGGGGAGGCGCCUUGCGCCGGGACGGGGACCCUGCGGGGGUUUUGUUGCUCCCGCCGUCCCCUUGCCCUGGGUGUCCCCCAGCGCAUCCCCGCUGCUCGCCUUCCCAUGCUCACCAUGACCGAGGAGCACGACAAAGUCCUGGAUCCGCCCUGCAGCCCGUCGGGCACUGCCAGCUCCAUGUCCCACGUGGACUCGGACUCCGACGCGCCCCUGUCCCCCGCCGGCUCGGAGGGGCUGGGAUGCGCCCCGCCGGCCCCCGCCCCGCGCCCACCUGCCGGCCCCAAGGGGGAACCGGCCGAGGUGGAUGAGCGCUUCCCCGCCUGUAUCCGGGACGCCGUGUCGCAGGUGCUGAAGGGCUACGACUGGAGCCUGGUGCCCAUGCCCGUGCGGGGCAACGGAUCGCUCAAGGCCAAGCCCCACGUCAAGCGGCCCAUGAAUGCCUUCAUGGUGUGGGCGCAGGCCGCCCGCCGGAAGCUGGCUGACCAGUACCCACAUCUGCACAACGCCGAGCUCAGCAAGACCCUGGGCAAGCUCUGGCGUUUGUUAAGUGAAAAUGAGAAACGUCCCUUUGUGGAAGAAGCUGAGAGGCUCAGGGUUCAGCACAAGAAGGAUCAUCCGGAUUAUAAAUACCAGCCCCGGAGGAGGAAAAGUGUAAAAGCUGGCCAGAGCGAUUCUGAUUCAGGAGCCGAGCUCAGUCAUCAUGCAGGGAGCCAGAUCUACAAAGCAGACACCGGGCUAGGAGGUGUGGGAGAUUCUCACCAUCACAGUGAUCACACAGGGCAAACUCAUGGACCACCCACCCCUCCUACCACCCCUAAAACGGAUCUUCAUCAUGGGAGCAAGCAAGAGCUGAAACACGAGGGGCGCCGCCUAGUGGAGAGCGGCCGUCAGAACAUAGACUUCAGCAAUGUGGACAUCUCUGAACUCAGCAGCGAGGUCAUUAACAUGGAGACCUUUGACGUGCGUGAGCUUGACCAGUAUUUGCCACUGAAUGGCCAUUCGGCCAUGCCGGCUGACCACGGGCAGAACUCCUCAGCAGGGUCUUACGGCCCUUCCUAUUCCCAUUCAGCCAACGGCACCAGUGGAGCAGCCCAAGUUUGGACUCACAAAAGCCCAGCCUCGGUGUCCCCUACUUUAAAUGAAACCAGCCAGCAGAGACCACACAUCAAAACGGAGCAACUCAGCCCAAGUCAUUACAGUGACCAAUCCCAUGGGUCUCCAACUCACUCCGACUACGGUUCCUAUAGUGCACAGGCUUGUGCCACCACGGCUUCAACCGCCACAGCGGCUGCCUCUUUCUCCAGCUCGCAGUGCGACUAUACAGACCUCCAGAGUUCUAAUUAUUACAACCCUUACUCCGGGUAUCCCUCCAGCAUUUACCAGUAUCCGUAUUUCCAUUCCUCACGGCGCCCCUACGCCACACCCAUCCUGAACGGCUUGUCCAUCCCUCCCGCUCACAGCCCCACUGCUAACUGGGACCAGCCUGUCUACACAACCCUGACGAGGCCUUAGAGGACGGAAGGAGUCUGAGAGGUCUUCCCAAAACUAUAUGCACUAAUGAAGGAAUGAAGGAAAAACAAAGUGGAGUGCUGUGGCAAUUUCCUAAGUGCCUGCUGAGCCACUGGGAACUCUAUUCAUUGUGACUGGAUGUCCGCUUGCUUCGAAAUCUCCAAACUUUUAAAAGACAGAGUUCUAUUUUUCUUUAAUGAAAACAAAACCUAUCGGACGGAAAAUUCCUUUUGAAUAAAUGAAGGACAAAACUAUUUGACUCCUCUGUGAGGACUGAAGCGAACUUAUUAGUUUUGAACGUCUGAGUGGAAAAAUGUACAAGACUUUAAGGGUCUAUUGCAAUGUGAGAUACGGACCAACCUUGGAGGCAAGAACUCACUAGGACCAAUUAAUAUAUACAAAAAAUUUCAGCUAUUCCAUAUAACGAUCUUGUGGGAACAUAUCCGAGUCGGCUAGGACCAACCAAUUAAAUGUCUGAGGUGUGUGUUUUAGUCAAGAGUUCUUCUAAGCAAGGUUUGGCUGUAGUUAACAUUCAUUUUUGUUUUUUGGAAGCUUAAAAGUGUUUGGUGGUUUUUUUUGUUCUUUUUUUUUUUUUUGAAAUCUGUUUAAUAUGUAUUUAUGUUCUGUAUUUUGUCUUUUUAAUUAAUGAAGUAAUUUUUGUGCAAAAAGUAGAAUUUAAAAAAAAAUUAAAGAUGGGGCAGAGGGAAGCAUAAAAAAAUAGUGGAGACGAUCCAAUAAAAUGGUGUUAUGAGUAUAUUUUUUAACCACUGCGGAAUUGUGUUUGAGAGAGGGGCUGAAAUAACCAGUAUGUCCCACAGAACCAGUCACAACUCUGAAAUUGACACACAAAUCCAAAACAAUAAAAGGAAGGGUGUGUGUGUGUGGGGGGGGGGGGGGGGGGGGGAAGCAAAGUUAUGAAAUUCAACGGCUAAAUGAUUGGAAAAAGGAGCAGGACAGUGGGGAUUUUCCUUGCCAGCUGCUUUCAAGAUAUUAAAUUGGAUUUGAAGGCAUCACUGAAUUUUUGUACACUUUCAGAACCAAGGCCAGUUUAUAGAAAGGUGUAAUUUAAUGAGAAAUUAGUCCACAUUAAUUUUGGCUUCUAGGGACCAGAUGUCAUCCAUCAAGCUGUGAAACUAAAACCUUCUCCACUAAAUUUUUUUAGGUACUUAGUUUUAGACUAAUAUUCAUUGAUAUAUUUCUACUUCUUCCAUUGUAUGCUGAGCAUAUAAUAACCAUCUAUUUUAUGGUAACUUGUGCCUUUAAAAACUUUGUAAAUCUUAAACACAUUUCAGAGGUUAUCUUCUUUUUACCUUUUCUAUGUUUCCUACUCUUUUUCUAAAAGUAUUUUUUGCAUAUUUCCUUUUGGGGAUGUGGGGGUGGGGGAAGUUACAGAAAACUCAUUUUUAUGCAAUCUAUUUUUCUGUAUAAAGUUUGAAAGACUUCAGCUGUUACUUAUCUGUUCUGUUCACUAGCUUCUGACUAAGCAAUGCUAACUUUUGUACAGAUCAAUUUGAUAAAAUUAAAAAAAAUUGCUUUUUAUCAA